AUGCAUCCAGAUUCCCAGCUAGAGACUGCCAUCCAGAAGGGGUUUGACCCGAAGAGCCUCUACAGUGCAGAGCUGACGAAUGUCAAUGAGCCUGUCCGAACCAUUCUUGAACAGUAUAGCAAAAUCCCCGCUGCUCAAAUUUUGCAACAUGUCAAGGACCUUAAAGACCGCGCGUUCGCAGUUUUCCCUUAUGCCUGUAUCGGACAGGCGUCAUUCCUUGAGCUGAGUAUCGCCUCGUCUCCAUGCUAUCCCGAGAUGCUGGAGCGUGUCAAUAAUGGCGAGAAGCUCCUCGACUUGGGCUGUGCUUUUGGACAAGAGCUCCGCCAGCUGAUUUACGAUGGUGCCCCAUCUGAGAACCUAUAUGGCUCGGAUCUGCGUCGCGAAUUCCUCGACCUCGGCUAUGACCUCUUCCUCGACCGUUCGAUCAGCAAAUCUCACUUCAUCAGCGCUGAUGUUCUCGAUGACAACUCAGAUCUUGUCACAGAACUGAAGGACCAACUCGGAAUUGUAUAUAUAUCGCUGUUCCUUCAUGUCUUCGACUUUGAUAAGCAGGUAACAGUGGCAAAGCGAGUUCUAGACCUAUUGGAAGCCAAACCUGGGUCUCUUAUCGUCUGCCGAGUUGUCAUGUGCCGAGACCAAGAGACACUAAACGCUACAAGCGCCCGUCUCCCAUACUAUUACCACGACCUGGCUAGCUGGGAAAGGCUUUGGGAGAGAGUGCAAAAGGAAACGAGCAUCAAGUUGAAUGUUCAAAGCUGGGAACAAGAGGACGCUCUGGCUAAAAAGCACCCCCUUCCUGGCAUUUAUGUGCUCGGUUCUUCAAUUCGUCGGGAGUAA